AGGUCCUGAUGAAGUCUACCCAUCACUCCACCCAUUGACGAUGGAUAAUGACCAAGUCUACAGCACGCUCACACCCACCCAAAGGAGUGCAGGUCCUGAUGAAGUCUACCCAUCACUCCACCCAUUGACGAUGGAUAAUGACCAAGUCUACAGCACGCUCACACCCACCCAAAGGUUCUUUGAUCAUCAUUUUCACCAUGAAAAAAGUCUAUGCAUAUACUUGCCUACUUUCUGCUCUGAGUGUUGUGGAGAUGAAGAUACUCAACAUAUACAGCCGUGUUGGUGGAAAUGUGACAUUCAAAUGCUCACACUGGGACAGCUGGUUUGAUGUAACAUCGAAUGAUAAGUACUUUUGUGACAGUUCAUGCUCAGAAGACAAACAUAUUAUAAUCAAAGCAGCAUUUGGAAAGACUACACAUAAGAACAGAAUAGAGUUAACUAACAUAGCAGAAGGUUUAUCUGUGACCUUCACUAAUCUCCAAAAGUCAGACUCUAAGACAUAUUAUUGUGGAGUGGAGAGAACUGGUCCUGAUUCAUAUAUAAAGGUGAAUCUUCAAGUUACAGAUGUUACAAGCAGCUCCAGUAUGUCUUCACACAGCUCCGAUAUUAUUACUGAGACGUCUACGUCAUACACGACCCUCAAUACAACGACACCUUCUGCAUCAGCAACUCAAGGAGCUGGAUAUGUGCCCUUUUUGAUUGCAGGUUUGAUUUUUAUAAUAAUCGUAGUGAUGGUCGGAUUGAUUCUUACCUGGAAGAUAAUGAAGAAACAACAGAUGGUUGUCAGCAUCCCACAAGAAGACACAAGAGAGAGUGCAGGUCCUGAUGAAGUCUACCAAUCACUCCACCCAUUGACGAUGGAUAAUGACCAAGUCUACAACACGCUCAAAUCAACCAAAAGGAGUGCAGGUCCUGAUGAAGUCUACCAAUCACUCCACCCAUUGACGAUGGAUAAUGACCAAGUCUACAGCACGCUCACACCCACCCAAAGGAGUGCAGGUCCUGAUGAAGUCUACCAAUCACUCCACCCAUUGGCGAUGGAUAAUGACCAAGUCUACAGUACGCUCACACCAACCCAAAGGAGUGCAGGUCCUGAUGAAGUCUACCAAUCACUCCACCCAUUGACGAUGGAUAAUGACCAAGUCUACAGCACGCUCACACCCACCCAAAGGAGUGCAGGUCCUGAUGAAGUCUACCAAUCACUCCACCCAUUGGCGAUGGAUAAUGACCAAGUCUACAGUACGCUCACACCCACCCAAAGGAGUGCAGGUCCUGAUGAAGUCUACCAAUCACUCCACCCAUUGACGAUGGAUAAUGACCAAGUCUACAGCACGCUCACACCCACCCAAAGGAGUGCAGGUCCUGAUGAAGUCUACCAAUCACUCCACCCAUUGACGAUGGAUAAUGACCAAGUCUACAGCACGCUCACACCCACCAAAAGGAGUGCAGGUCCUGAUGAAGUCUACCCAUCACUCCACCCAUUGGCGAUGGAUAAUGACCAAGUCUACAGCAAUCUCACACCCACCCAAAGGAAUGCUGCUCUGGAGUCGAUGUCAGUGGAUACAAGCAGUGGCCCAAAGAUUUUGAAGUAAAUGGGCCAACAAUAACAAGUAUACAUGCAUGUUUUGUCAUUGCAUUGCAAGUUAUGUAGACAAAAUCUGUUAAAACGGUCACAUUAUGGGCUCAUCUCACACUCGGGGACAAUGAAUUGGUCCCUACGAGGUAAUUUAUUACAUUUUAGGAUUAAGAACUGAUAUUCUGAAUUAAAUUAGGCUUGGGGGUGUGUAAUGUUUUUCACAAAGUGGUUAGAUUAAUUUGAAAUCCAUUGCUUACUUGUAUGAAAGUGAUUCUUUUUACAUAAUAACAAAGUGAUAAUGCUAAAAGACUGCAGCUAAAAUACUUUGUCUCAUGCUUUUAUAUUUGCUUUGAAUUUGCACAAUAUAGCACAUUUAGAUUUGUACCACUGUGGAUUUUAGUGUCAAAUUCACACCCAUCCACCUUCUUUAAGUUUAAGUAUUGCACUUUGCUUUCUGUUUAAAUUCUGAAUAAAGAAUGUUUUCCUGUU